UUUAGAAGCGCUUCAGUGCAGAAACAGAGCAGCCGCGAUAAUAAUCUCCAUCAUCACAUCCAGAGGAACAUCGAGUCGUCAUGGGGACCAGGCACAUCCUCCUGCUGUGCAUCCUGGGACAGGUUCUGCUCACCUCAGUCAUCUGCACCAGUUCAAUUGGUCCUGACGAGUGCUGCUUCGCGUUCUACCCGAGAAGACUGAACAAAAACCUCGUCAGGUCAUAUGAAAUGACUGAUUACAGAUGCACUAAGUCUGGAAUCAUUCUGCUGACUAACAAGAAUCGUACCAUCUGUGUGGAUCCCAAUCUCAACUGGGUUAUGAACAUCAUGAAAAGUGUGGAUGAAAGAACCUUCUGAACCAGCUAGCGGCUUUUGGUCCUUUUUUUCAAACCACAUAUCGUAAAAAGCUAUUUGUUACAAUGUGGUUAUGAUUUUUGCAUUAAUGUAAAAAUCUGUUGUAACUAAUUCAUGAUUUUGAGGCCGAAUGGCACAUUAACCUUUUUUGUAUUUCUGCUUUGUAUUACCCACAAUAUCAUACAGUAUAAACUUCAUACAAAUACAGUCAGUAGUGUGAAAGCUUUGCCUUGUGUCUUCUCCUUUGCCAAAUAAAAACAUGCAAUACUC